AUGACCUGUUCCCACAAUGUGGUUUUUCUACUGGAUGUGGCCAGCUCCCUGCAGAAGAACCAGCUCCAGCUCGGCUGCCUGAGGAUUCUGAACUACUUGGGCUGCAGGUUUGGCCUGGCCAAGGUCCGAUGGGGUUUCAAGUUCUUUGACUCGCUGGGCGCCCGAGGCAGAGCCUCACGGGUGGGUGAUUUCCGUGAGCUUGGGCCCCGCAGCUGGGAAGACUUUGAGGAAGAACUGGAGUCCAGGUUUGGGGUGCAGAGCCAUAAAUCUCACUUACCUGGCCCAGCGCCCAGAGCCACCCUCACCCAGAAUGUGCUGAAGGAAACACUACUGGAUUACCAGUGGGAUCGACCUGAGAUCACCUCACCAGCCAAACCAUUCUUGAGGAGCCAGAAGAGCAGGUUGAUUGUGGCCCCGGAUGAGCCACUUGAGAGCCACAUGCCCUCUGAGGGCUUUGUGAAUGCCAUCUUUCUUUUCUCUCCCUGCCCUCAUUCUCAGAGGGAGCUACUGCAGUUUGUAUCUGGAAGUGAUGUCCAUUCCUGCUGUGAUUUGCCCUCUUCUCAAGAGGUGGCAGAGAAACUCUUACCCAAGAGAGUCCAGGAGAUGAUUGCAGGCCAGAAAAUUACCCUGUAUUGGGUGGACACUGCUGAAUGGUCCAAGGUGCUAGACUCUCCAGAUCAUUCUGGGUACUGGACAAUCUUUGAACUGAUCCGUCUGGUGGGAGGCACCAUUUUGCCAUCUGAGACCUUAAUUCAGGGUUUGAGUCACCACAGAACAGAAGCAGCUCCUCUCUUUUGUAGAGAGUCCAGCUCCUCUAAGCCACAGUUUGUGCCAUGGACCACAAUCCUGCCCUUUGCUUCAACCUUGAACUGCUUGCUCUCUAAGCCUUCUGUAUUCCAAGCAUCAUUCCCGCAGCAGGAAGGAGCAUUAUUCCUCAGCAAGCAUGGAGUAGAGAAGCAGUGGAGAUGUGCAGUGAUUUUGGAGCCCAUAGCCAUGAACCAGAGACACUUCCAGAGUCCAGUCAGCAUCUUCCUGAAAGGCACCUUGACAGACUGGAAUUUGGUGAAGGCUGACAGCUUCCUCACUGAGAGCUGGAUACUGCAGUGCUCCCAGGCAGGACAAUCAGAACAAGACACGUUGUUUCAACAGCUUGUAAGAAGGCUAAUUACUGAAGAACUACACAUGAUUGCUGAAGUGUCUCCAUCUGAAGUUUGGUCCCCCUGCACUGGAAUUUUAUCCCCUCUCUCUGACACUGUUGCAGUCCUUACCCUAUUCUGCACUGAAAAGGCUGCUGAAGUUCAGAGAUGUCUCCUCCAAGGAGCUGUGACCGAGAGUUCUUCCCAGGACUAUGCCUUUCAUCUCCCAGAAGUUGUGAGCAGUGUGUUGAGUCAAGUUGAUACUUCAGUCAGAGAUGAUCUAGCUAGUUCUGAAGAGACUUCAGUUCCAGAGUGGGUCCAGCAAGAACUGUCCCGCACAGAUGGCUGGAAUCCUGCAGUAGUUGAAGGGUGGUACUCUCUAUCGAACAUCUGUGGAGCAAGUUCAGAUUUAAUGGAGUCAUUCAGGCUGCUGCAGGCUGCUUCUGCUACUGAGAAGGAAGAGGCCUCCCAGCCUGAAAUGGAGCUGACACACUGUCUGUCUGAGUUCUACCAGAGAAAAUCUAGUGAAGCAUCUGCCACAGCUGAGCCAAGGGACCACAAAAAAAGACGGGGGGUCCCCCGGACUCCCGUCAGGCAGAAGAUGAAGACCAUGUCCCGCUCCCUGCAGAUGUUGAAUGUAGCAAGGCUGAAUGUAAAGGCUCAAAAAUUUCAGCCAGACGGAGUGCCACUAGCAGCUGGUGAGAAGGUACCCCAGAAGCUGUUACGGAGAUCAGAUGAUAAGCUGGAAGAAAAUCGAAGAGUCCUGAAAAUCUCCAUAGAUUUCAAAACUGAGGAGGAGAUGCUUUCCCAUUUAACUGCCAAUUACCAAGAGGCUGUGGUUAAUGGAGAAUUUCUGACGUUUGUGUGUGCACGGAAUAUGGUCACAGCCAUUAAAAGCUUUCUGAAACCAAAAGAUGCCAAAGAAAGAGAGGUGGCCUGUCUGGACAGAGUCCGAAGUCAUCUCCUGAAGACCAGCAAAACCCUCCGACAACAGUAUGAUGUCAAUCCUGACAAGGAAACCAAAGUCAGAGAGUGUCAGCUUCAGGUAUUUCUGCGCCUUGAGAUGUGUCUGCAGUGUCCCUCACUACAGAGCAGCACAGAUGAAAUGGAGCAACUGGUGGAGGAGAUGACCGAUAUGCUGCGCAUUUUGUCUCUCACUGAAGACCCAGGGUACCUUACAAAGUUUCUUGAGGAAGUCUUAGUAUCAUAUAUGGACUCCAUACCGAAGACCCUUGGGGGUCUUUACUACAGUCUGGGUACGCAGAUUCCUCCAAAGUUGGCAUCUCUUCUGCCUGCAGACUUCUUCAGUGAUGACUCUAUGACUCUGGAUAGCAGAUCUCCAACUCUUCCUCCAUCUGCGACAUCAGUCCCAGCUCACAGCACAGCUUCCCUAAGCACUGAGACGGAUCAGUUGGAGGAACUGCGCACUAGAUCUGCCAAAAAGAGGAGGAAUAAUGCAUUAGCCAGACACAGGAGCAUGACAGAAGCAUCGCAGAAUUUACGCCAGAUUGAAAUUCCCCAAAUACCCAAGAAUCCCAUCAGAAAGGAAAACUCUCACUGUUACUUGGCCACUGAGAAAGCCCAACAGCUGCUUCCCCUGCAGAAGGAGGCAGUGCAAGAGGUGACAAAGGUGCGACGGAACCUCUUCAAUGAAGAGAUGCUUUCUCCAUCAAAAAGGUCCCUGAAGAAGAUGCCUCGAAGCCAGUCAGUAUCGGCUGUGGAAGGCCUGAGACACAAACGCAGCUGCUCUGAUGAGGAUGGUAGAGUUUCAGAUCAUCGCAAGCUACUGACCAAGAGAGUCUCAGAGACGCCGCUGCACAAACAGAUCUCCAGGAGGCUGCUUCAUAAACAGAUCAAAGGCCGGUGUUCUGAUCCUGGCUCUGACAUCAGUAUUGUGGAAGAAUCUCCAGAGAAAGCCAUGAGUGAAGUGGGUUUAAGAAGAAGUCCGCGCAUCAAACAGCUGUCGCUGAAUAGGACACACUCAGGCUCUUUCUACUCCACUGCACAGCCCAGCUCACGGAAUAUGCAACGAGUACACUUGAUACAGCGAGAAGUGACAUGUGUUAAGCAGGACAUAACAGGCAUUCCACAGUAUCCUGAUAACCCAACUAUCCAGUCUCCCAAGAGGCUUCUCUUUGGAGCAGUUCUUGAAGGGAGCAGCCCUAAAGUGAAGGAGUCACUUGGAACAAGGAAAACAAGAAACAGCUCAGACUUGGAGGAACCAAUUGCCUAUCAGACUCCCCAGAAGCCCCUGAGCUCUGCCAGUAGAAUGCCAAGGAAAUCCCCUCGUACUCCACACAGAACACCAAAAACAUUGGAGAAGACCCCUGGCAAAAGUCCAGCUGCUAAGCAGACUGCAGCUAAAUGUUUGGGAAGGUACUUCUCUCCUUCCAGACAGGAGAAGCCACCACCUGAGCUUAAUGAAAGGAAGAGGGAUCAUUUAGCACAAGUAACUCCUCAGAAAGACUCUUCUCCGGUGAGAUUUCCCUCCCCUUACAAGGAGGUGGGGUUACAGACUCCAGAAAAGCAGGCUGGGAAUGAAGUGCUUGAUGAUGUUUUUGGGUCACCUCUAAAAGAUUCCAGUCCAGCAACUGCUUCAUAUAUAGCAGCACAAUUACUUUGUACUACCAAGGAAAAAUCUAUCACAGACCCACAAACUCAAAGACGCUCCUUGAGAUCCUCCCAGAAAACAGUAUCUCCAGCUUCUAUUCGUAGGCAGACUCUCCGCGUGGAGAUUCAGAGAAAUCCACAGCCAAAUUUCCAUUUAGAGUCCGUGUCACAGCCAAUGGAAGCAACUCCCAGGAAGGUCAGAUGUGCAGCUCCAAAAUCUUUGAGUCCAGUGGGUGUAGUGGCUGCUGCUUUAUCUCCAGAAGCCCAAGCCACUUUGAGAACAGUGUCUUCAUUUAAUUCUCCUUUUGAAUCUUCCAUAAAGACUCUGUCCAUAGAUUCGCCUCCUCACUGUAAAACAAGAGAACGUGACCGGGAGUCUAAUACACCUAAAAACCCUCCUUUGAAAUCUCAAAACAUUGCAGGCACAUCCCCAAGGAAAGCCCUAGGGUCUCCUAUCUGCGCACCUGAGCACACCAAACCUGGAGAAGAAAAUCCUGCUCUUUCGCUCUCGAAGUCUGCUAGAAAUAAGCAGAAACAUCCUAGUAAUGGUAACACUAGGCUUCCUGCACAAAGCUCUCUGAUCCAUGAGCCCAAGGCUUCUGAAAGUGUCCACAUGUUAGAGAGAAGUGAACUAGUGGGUACAGAUGCUCAGGUCUCCUCCCCAAGAAAGGAUCAGAGUUUGGAAAAGCAACUGUCUCCUGAGUUUUCUGCUAAAGGACAUGUGCAGAUCUCAGAUGUUGUGAGUGAGUGUGAGCACUUAGAUUCCUCUUCCUUAGGCAGCAGAGAGAGUGAUGCCUCAGAAGCUAGAGUUUUGCCAUCAGAAGAGCCUAAAGAGUCAAAGACUCUUACAGUUAAGAAACCCUCCAAAUCUGAUGUUCUGAAUGCUUUGCCUGCUACCUCAAAGUCUGCCUCUCCGGCCUAUUCAUUGCGCUGCACCCCAGACAGAAUGCAGCGGGAGGCUGCAGCACGACUAGGGAAUCCUGAACUUCCAGCAAAGUUUUCUACUCCUAAAAGUCAUUAUAAGUUGGCCUCUGCUAGUCCACCUACUUAUGAGGUUGAACUUGAGAUGCAAGCUUCUGGCCUACCUAAGCUUCGCAUUAAGAGGGUUGGUUCUGGCUCAGCCAUGGAAGUACAGUCACAACUGAAGACCGGCAAACCCAGUGGAGAGGAAAGUCCCUUUAGUGAACUUGCUGUGGCCUGGUGUGCUAGACACCCAGGAAAACUAGCAGCUGCCUGUGUUUCACCGUCCUGCUUUCGCUCUUCCCAUAGCACGCCUGGGAAGGGUGGAGGGCAGACCUACAUUUGCCAGUCAUACACCCCAACUAGCUGUGCUUCUAACACCACCUCCCCAUCUCAUGUGGAUGCUGGAGUUCCCUGGACACCAUCUCCAAAGCACAAAGGGAAGACUACCCCCGAUGCCAUCAAGGACUGGCCACGAAGAAAAAAAGCAGUAAACAGCAAUGCCAAUGGUGGGUGUGGUCGAUGUGAGAAGCAUGUAGAAUGUACAGGGAAUGUGUCAGCAAGUGAAGAGGGAGGAACAAUUUCUGACCAGUGCAGCAGCAAAGCUCUGCUGCUGGCUGACUUUGAACUGGAAGGGGUUUACAGGCUUCAGGACCAGUCACCUCCCAGCGACACUGAGCCCAGAGCUGAUGACAGCACUUCCACAGGGACUUUUGGCCUGAAAUCCAGGAAGCGGACCUUUGACCUCCUGUCUCCAGAGGAGGAAACCAAAUGGGAGGCUAAGAGGUCUUGCACAGCUAGAGACUACCUGGAUCUGGUCAGCUCUUCCACAGAUGAGAGUAGCACAAGCAAAAGGAGGAUAUCCACAAUGCCUCCUGGUAGAACCACCGUGUCUUCAAACAGAACUCCUGGGCAACAAAGUUCCAUAGGGGAUGACGAUGUCUUCGAUGUUUCAGGUUCAACUCCACCAGUGAAGGGCUCCCUCUCCGCUAGUGGUCUUCGAGCACUGACCCAGUCCCCCCUGCUCUACCAGGGACAAACACCGUCUCGGAAGAAGUGUGCCAAAGAAGAUGAGUUGGACGUCUUUCACAGCAUUACAGACCAAGAAGUGUCUCCGUUCUCCAACGCAGGCUCCCGGAGGCGGCCCCUUAGCAGGACUUAUUCACGGAAGAAGCUACUCAGCUGAAUUCUGCAGCCAGAGAAAGAGUACUUGAAUAAUGAUACACAGGCUAUCUCGCCCACUGUGUAGUACAUGCUGCUGUCCCUGAGAGAGCGAGCUUGUUUUUGAACAAAUGGGGGGCUCAUUGCUAUUGGGAGUUGGCUGUAGCCAGUGUGUGGGAAUCCCCAUCUCCACACCUGUGGGGUUUAAUGAGGAAUCAAGUGUUUGAAUCAGCCCUACAAGCUCCUCCUUCCUUUGGGCUGGGAAAGAGGCAGUGGGAAUAGGGAGGGCCGCUUAGGGUUCACUAGAAAGUCUUAUGGGUGUUCCCCUG